AUGAGCAGAAGGUGGAUACAGAACCCGAAUAGAUGCGCAGACGAAUACUUGGAUGGAAUCGAGGAUUUUAUUGAGUUUGCACGUAGACACAACCCGGGUGCAACUAGAAUCCGUUAUCCUUGUAGGAGGUGUAACAACACAUUGUGGGAGACAAUUGAAAAUGUUGGAUUUCAUUUAGUAAGGAAUGGAAUAAUUGAGACAUAUAGCAUUUGGAACCUUUACGGGGAACAAUUAGACCAUGUUUCGUCUUCAAAUGCCACAAGAGUGGACAAUGUUGAACCUAUUGUGGAUCAUAAUGAUCAAGUCAUGGAUAUUAUACAGGAUGUUUUUCCAUUUGCAUCAACGAACAUCAAUCAGGAAGGGGAAGAUGACGUGCCUACACCAAUAGACAGUGCGGAGUUUGAACAAUAUGAAAAACUGUUAAAAAAUGCAAACCAAGAGUUAUACCCAGGGUGCGAGAGCUUUUCCGUUCUCACGGCCAUUGUGGAGCUAAUGCACGGGAAAAUAAAGUAUCGUAUGUCGAACCUGUGUUUCGAUUACUUUUUGGGGGUUUUCAAGAGAAUGCUUCCGACGGACAAUUGUUUGCCGAAAGACUAUAAACAUGCGCAAAAGGUGUUGAAUGGUCUUGGAUUGGGUUAUGAAAAAAUUCACGCUUGCAAAAACAAUUGCAUGUUAUUCUACAAAGAGCAUGAAACAUUGGAUACAUGCCCUAUAUGUAAUGAGUCGAGGUUCAAAAUGACAUCUCAGAAUAGAACGACCAAGAUCCCACAAAAAGUCAUGCGUUAUCUGCCCCUGAAACCUAGGUUGCAGCGAUUGUAUAUGUCGAUGCAUACUGCCACAGACAUGAGAUGA